CGACAACCAAAACAAUCACCGCAAAAGGCACGCGACUACCUUUAAACGGGUUUUCCAUAACCUUCUAAACACUCCUUCACUUUCUGCUUCCUUCCACUUUCCAUCGAAUCAAAGCAACUUCCAAGGAACCGAAUAAAAGAAGAAAAAGAAAGAAAAGCAAAACCCUUCUUAGAUCCAAUCCAUCAAAUUAAGAGCCAAGUCCAAGCAUUGUCGAUUCAAUUUCUCAUCUGGGAUUCUCAAUGGAUGCUUCGUCUUCCUCGAGUCAACCCGAAUUCGAUUACUUGUUCAAGCUUCUCUUGAUUGGGGAUUCUGGCGUUGGCAAAAGCACCCUGCUUUUGAGCUUCACCUCCGAUAAUUUCGAGGAUCUUUCUCCCACCAUCGGUGUAGAUUUCAAAGUUAAAUAUGUUACAAUUGGAGGAAAAAAGCUAAAACUUGCUAUUUGGGACACAGCGGGACAGGAAAGGUUUAGAACACUUACUAGUUCAUAUUAUAGAGGAGCUCAAGGAAUAAUUUUGGUAUAUGAUGUCACAAGGCGGGAAACUUUUACGAAUCUAUCUGAUAUAUGGGCUAAAGAAAUUGACCUUUACUCAACCAAUCAAGAUUGCAUCAAGAUGCUUGUAGGAAACAAAGUUGAUAAGGAAAGUGAAAGAGUUGUCAGCAAAAAUGAAGGGAUAAACUUUGCAAGGGAAUAUGGAUGUCUGUUUACUGAGUGCAGUGCAAAAACAAGAGUCAAUGUUGCACAAUGUUUUGAUGAGCUUGUAAUGAAGAUUUUGGAGACACCAAGUCUCUUGGCUGAGGGCUCAUCUGGUGGGAAAAAGAACAUCUUCAAACAGAAAGCACAAAAUUCUGAUGCUACAAGUGGUGGCUGCUGCUCAUGAUUUACAUGUUUAAGGGGGCUUUCACCUUCCCCUUCUUGGUAUGGUCUGGAUUUCAAGGGCAAUUAAAUUCAUUACGUGUAACAAAGUAACUUUAUUACAGCAUGUAUAUCAAGAUUAAAUUAUUUUUCUUCUCAAGAAUUUACCUUAUGUUUAAAGAUCUCAAAUUUUAUUUGGUUUAAGCAAUCAUCUGGGCAUAGUUCACAGUGCA